UAGCAGGUCAGGCUCCGCCCCCCUAGGAGCUGAGCCAGAAGAUGGCGGCGGCCGCGGAGCUGAGGCUGCUGGAGAAGAGUCUGGGACUGAAGCCCGGGAAUAAGUACAGUGCUCAGGGCGAGCGGCAGAUUCCAGUUCUACAAACAAACAAUGGUCCAAGUCUAAUGGGAUUGAGUACCAUCGCAACCCAUCUGGUCAAACAAGCCAACAAGGAACACUUGCUGGGGAGCACUGCAGAAGAAAAGGCAAUAGUUCAACAGUGGCUAGAGUUCAGGGUCACUCGAGUAGAUGGCCACUCGGGUAAAGAAGACACCCAGACUCUGCUGAAGGAUCUUAAUUCCUAUCUUGAAGAUAAAGUCUACCUUGCAGGACACAGCAUCACUCUGGCGGACAUCCUGCUGUACUACGGCCUCCACCGCUUCAUAGUUGACCUGACAGUUCAAGAAAAGGAGAAAUAUCUUAAUGUGUCUCGCUGGUUUUGUCACAUUCAGCAUUACCCAGACAUCAGGCAACAUCUGUCUAGUGUUGUCUUCAUCAAGAACAGACUGUAUGCUAACUCCCACUAGACGCCCCUGCUGUGCAGCAGCCAGAAGAGAAGUGUAAUGGAAAAUGUAUUUUGGACCAUGGUACUAAUGUAAAUUAAUAUGGCGUCUUUGUUUCGUUGUUAAUGUUGGUAGAAUUUUUAAAAUGUAAGCUGAAGUCUGAAUGUUUUAUUUGUCCCUUAGUUAAGGCUUUGUAAAUUUUUAAUGUAAAAGUUCAGCUGUUAUCCAAACAAAUCACGAUCAAAUUGCAAAUCUUGUUUUUUAUGAACAAAGUUGAUUUUGGUAACAGUUGCAAAUCAGUGGCUCAACUUUUAAAAGUCGCUGUUGGUGUCGCAUCUGGCUGCUUACUUUUUCGUGUUUUUAAAAUUCAUUUUUUCUCUUAGAUAUUUAUUGUAGUUUAUUUACUAAAACCUAUGACAAAUUAUGUUGAGGAAUCAGAAAGGGAAGAUAGAUGUAUUUGUUCUCGAAAUAUUUAUGUGAGCUAGUAAAUGUGGUUUUAAAAUCAA